CUUGGGGUUUUCCCCCUUUGGAAAGAGUCACAAAGUUAUCUUCGCUUUACUCCUUGGCCCUUUAGACGUUGCAUUGCCUAAAAUUUUAUGUUCUGGGGUUUGUUUUGUUUUGUUUUGUUCUUCCUGAAUGCACCCCAGCGGCGCCGGCACCGCGCAGCCCCGGCGGCACCGGCCGCUGCGGGAGCUUGUUGCAGACUGCAGAGCUUCCCGAACCAGCCGUGGAACAGGGGCCCUUUGCAUUCUAUCUGUGUGUACCUAAGCGUAUUUGCUCUCAGACCUGAACAGAGGUUCCUGGCGACGAAGAAACGAAUGUCAGUGGCAGCUUACUGUAUAUUUUGCUAUAGACAAAUAGGAACUUCUGGUUCAGCCACAAAAACACAUCUACCAUGGAAUGAUAUCAUUAUUUUUUCAACAUGUAGCUGCUACCUCUUGUCUGCAUGCCAACAUUCUUAUGGUCUCUCAAAGACAGAACCUGGUGGUGGUGGUUGUGGGGCAAAUCUCCCAAUUCAUGCUGAGGAAAAGAAAUUAUUCAUGAUAGGAAAAAUUGCAAAGGUAACUGGAUCACUUGUACUAGGAGGCUUUGUAUUCAUUACAUAUGAGGUCCUGUCCUUAAAGAAGUUACUGAAAAUCGAUACUCAAGCUAUACAUCAAGAAAAACUUAAGUCCUAUGUAUAUGUACGUACAACUUCUCUAAUUCCAAGUGAAUAUCAAGGGAUCACAUACCAGGCCAGAAAAGAAAUCCAUAAAGCAGUGAGGAAAAUUCUAGAAACAGAAGCUAAAAUUUUCCGGAGACCUUUUAAUGAACAAUUUGGUACAUUUGAUGGAGAAGAUCAUGAAUGUGCCUUAUGGCUCCUCUUAAAGAGGAGUCAGUCAGAAGACAAGGAGAUCCGACUGCAGGCUGUACAAGACCUGGCAAACAACAGUCACUGGCAUGAUUAUCAGUUUGGUACAGUUGCCCAAACCUGUGAUCAAAGGACUGCUAUAGGUUUGGCUCGAUCCAAAGAUAUUGACCUUAGAUUUUUCCUGCCUCCGCCACCAUUGCCAAAAAUAAAAAACGAUUAUCCCAUAGAAGAUGAACUUCGCUUGUUGUUAGUGUCUUUACCUCAGACUGGUCUUGACCCCUGUGUCCAGUACUUCACAUCUCUUGCUUUACGUGAAAGUAGUCAGACUCUCGCUGCACAAAGGGGGGGCUUAUGGUGUUUUGGAGGAAAUGGACUUCCAUAUUGUGAGACACUGAGUAAAAUCCCUUCAGAGACAGUGGAACUCUUUUGCUUGCAAGCUUUAGUACAGCAUUCUAAGGUUUCUUCUCACUGUGAUAAAAUUGAAGCUAAAGGAGGCCUUCAGCUACUACAGAGGAUAUACCAGCUCCGUAAAGAUUCAGCAAAAAUACAAAGGAACAUAAUUCGCAUUAUUGGAAAUAUGGCUUUGGAUGAACGUCUACAUUCAUCCAUAGUACGUGCAGGUUGGGUUUCUGUACUUGCCGAAGUAAUGAAGUCCCCACAUGUUAUUCAGUCUUCUCAUGCAUCCAGAGCUUUGGCUAAUCUAGACAGGGACACAGUGAAAGAAAAGUAUCCAGAUGGUGUUUAUGUCUUACAUCCACAGUAUCGUAGCAGUCAGCCCAUCAGAGCAGACAUCCUUUUUGUUCAUGGUCUUUUGGGAGCAGCGUUUAAAACCUGGCGACAGCAGGAUGUUGAUCGACGUUUGGAUAAAAAGGCUUCAGAAGGGGAAGAGGACUAUAGCCAGUGCUGGCCAAAGACAUGGCUGGCUUCAGACUGUCCUGCCCUUAGAAUCAUAUCUGUGGAAUAUGACACCCAUUUGAGUGACUGGAAAGCAAAAUGUCCUGUUGAGGCUCACAGGAAGUCUAUUGCUUACAGGAGCAAUGAGCUUCUUGACAAGCUCAGAGCUGCUGGGAUUGGAGACAGACCUCUGGUGUGGGUAUCGCAUAGCAUGGGUGGUCUUCUAGUCAAAAAGAUGCUGGUAGAUGCUUCCAAGAAUCCAGAAAUGGAUAAAAUUGUAAACAACACCAGAGGAAUCAUAUUUUAUAGCGUACCUCACCAUGGUUCCCAGCUGGCUGAAUAUUCUAUAAAUGCCAGAUAUCUUCUCUUUCCGUCUGUGGAGGUUAAAGAACUCAGCAAGGAUUCUCCUGCCCUUAAAGAGCUGAAUGAUGACUUCUUGUCUUUUGCCAAAGAUAAAAAAUUUUCAGUGCUGAGUUUUGCAGAAACCUUACCAACACACAUAGGCAGCAUGAUAAAACUGCAUGUCGUACCUCUGGAGUCAGCAAAAUUAGGCAUUGGAGACCUUAUUCCAGUGGAUGUUAAUCAUCUCAAUAUUUGUAAGCCAAAGAAGAAGGAUGCUUUCCUGUACCAACGUACACUGAAGUUCAUUCAGGAUGUUUUAGCCCAAGAACUUGGAGACUGAGUUUUUGCCAUCCUUGGCUGCUUAUCUACUCCAUUUGGUGUAACACCGUAAGUUCUUCUCCUAAAAUUUUUUAGGGGAUCUGCAGAACUACAAAGAUGCUAUGUCAAUAGUAUCUGCUGCUAAAAUAAUUUUCAGUACAUCUCCAACUUAGACACCUCUCCAGCUUAUUUUGAAAAUACAUUCAAAAGAAAUACAAACUGAAGUUCUAUAAGAAGAAAACGUGUGUUGGCUUAGAGUGACCAUGAUCUGUCAACAAAAUGUGUGUAAAUUCUCCAACAAUUUGCCUGGGAGGGGAUGGGGAUUCAGUGGAAGAGAAGUUUCACUUAGUCUACAGAUACCCCUCUGGAGCAACACAGCUAGACUAUGGAGAGUGUCCAGGAUAUCAUCUUUUAACCAAAAAAAAAAAACCAAAACAAAAAAAAAAAACCCCACAACCUUUCUCUAGAGGUAGGUGGCCUCAUUAAGGUAAAUAUACAUCUAGGACCGAAGUCUUAUAGAGAGGUUCAGAAACAAUGAAGAGGCAGUUAUUUCUCGUGUCAAAGAGAAGCAGCAUGUGGCGGCCUCAAAGCUUUGGUUUACUGUCCAUAUUAAGUAGUCUGACUGGAGCCUGAAGAAAUUUAUCCACGUGAACGAAGGUAGCAUUUUGGUCUAGUGGCCCAAUUACAGGAGUUUUUGUAAUUUGCCUUUUCAUUUAAUAGAUCACCCAGAUUUGUCAGUGAACAUGUCAUCUGUUUUCUGCACAAGGAGGAGAUAGGCUGGUAGGUUGUCUUGCAUAGGCAACUAUAGUUAUUUUAAUCUGUUUGUGUAAAUGAAAACAAAAGAAAUGUUCAUCACCUUGUACAUUUCUCUCUUGAUCUUAGCAACUUGUGAGAUUUGGUUUCUUUAGGACCGUGUGUAUCUGGUCGGACUCAGGGCAGUUCUGGGCUUGUUCACAUGGGAGAUUCAGAACAGAGGCUUAGCUCUCUUGCUUUACUCUUGGGACACAUUGAGAUGAUGGUACAUUCAAAUCACUGGCUCGUGUUACUCAUUUAGAAACUCUUUCUGUAGCUGAUUUAAAGAAGAGCUUGACAAUGCUCAAGUGGAAUAAGACAAAUGUAGGUCCUGACAAAAAAGCUGAUGCUUAGAGUUUGGAGCUCAGGUGGAGAAAAAGUAAAGCAGAAACAAUUCAGGUGAUCAUAAGGUCCCACUGGAAAUACAGAUCCCUGCUGUUUUGGUUUCUUGAGGCCCAAGUGUAUUUGAUGGUGUAGAUACAGAGAAAAGCAGUGUUGUCUUAUUUGAGUUUAUGUUUAUGUUAAGGAUACCUUAACAGGACUGAUGAGAAAUAAGUAUUUUUAGGAAAAAAAAUGGAGUGCUCAGCCACUUUUUUAAAGUCUUAAAUAGUUUACAGUGUAGUUAAAAGCAGUCUAGCCUAAUUGUAGUCUCCCUUCCUUCCUUUCUUUCCAUCCCUAACCCCCUCUGAAAACAAACACAGGCUAUGAUUAGGCUAUACUGCCCUAGCUGACCAUUUGUUAAAUAAGGCCUGUACUGCUGGCAGGCUUUAGAUGUUGCUUAGCAUCACUUGUGUGAGAUGGAUCUAACAUCACUGGCCUUGCAGUUGUGGCCAUGAAAGCUACCAGGGAGGUGGGGUGUGCUUUGCAGUUCUGCAUGGGCUCGGUGCAGGCGCCGGUGGCCGCUGCCGUCCUGCCGCGUCCUGGGGCCACCUCCGCUGUUCCCACUUGAGCUCUCCGGCCCGGGAGGACGCUGCAUCUGAAAAGGCACUUCUGCAGGUUGAGCCUUGACCUGCUGGAGUUGUGGAGUAAAAUUCGCAAGAGCAGUACAGAGAACGUACAGCACUACUCUGGCAAAAAGAGCGUUUUUCCCCCCAGUCAAGAUGUAGGUAAGAACCCUGCAUAGCAGUAGUUCAGAUAGAAAAUGUAACAGAACUGCUGUAACUUCUACAGGGGUUUGUCCUUUUUACACUGUGGUUUAAACUUCAGUGUAAAUAUAUUAGAAUGCUUUGUAUUCACAAAGUAGCAGGUAUGUGGAGUGCAUUGUGAAUAGACAAGACUUCUGAUAACUGAAUACAUGUUUAGUGUGACAAACUUUUUAUUGAUUUUAAUAGACAACUUUUGGCUUACAGGGAUUCCGAUCAAUGAUGUUACACAUUAAGCUCAGUAAAUGUGUCUGUUUUGAUACUGGAACUCUUGAGGCAACUUUUUGUAACUAUGUAUAUAUGUGUAACUUAAAACUAAUAUUUUGAGGGGUAUUGGUGUUUUGGUUUUUGGUUUGUGUUUUUUUUUUGUUUUGUUUUUUUAAUAUAGUAAUGAAAUGUGGUUUUUUAACUAUGUACUAGAUAAGCCACAACGCAUAUUAAAGGUGAACGAUCUACCAAAUGAAUACUCUGGAUCACGUUCACUUUUGUUAAAGACCUGCAUUAUUUUUUAGUGAUUGUCUCAUGCUGAAAAAAUGUCAUGUUUACCGUUCAUCUUCGGUAAGAGGCAUAGUACUGGGGGGCACAGCCAGUCAUCAGUUUUGCCAAACUGGACAGUUUUUCAGUUGUGUUCUUAAAUUUUGCCAAAGUGCCUCCUAAACCAUGUACAGACACUGCAUAGAGGGCCAGAGAGUCUGCUGCACAGCAUUCAUGUCUGCUUCGCAUUAGCAACUUGUGCUUUCCUGCUUCCCUGGUGUCACAUUAAUUCAGAAUAGUUCCAUUAUGUAAAUUCUUAGGUCGCAAACUAUGUCCUUAAUCCCAUCUAGCUGGGAUCCCAGCUGUGGUUGUGGCUAGCAGGUAUGUGUGAAUUGUCUGAGAAGAUGGUAUUUUGUCUGCAUUGUUGCAUGCAAGACUAAAAUAGUAAGACAGGAAGGGAAGGCUCAUAGGAAUCUGUCAGUCCUUGUGCACUCAUUGUCCAGAACUCUUGUAUAACUGUAUUGGUAUUUCUAGUGGCAACAGUCAUCAAGUUUUUAAUUGCUGUGAUAUUACAGUAGUGCAAACUGGCUUUCACUGAGAUUUGUGUUUCAUGGUGCCAGGCAGAACAGCUAGCUAGAAAGGAGAAAUUUCCAUCUGGUGGAAAUGUCAACUCUGGACAAAAAGGAAAAGACAAAAAUGUUGUUUUGUCAGAGAGGAAAUUCUAAACAAUAUUUUGGUUUUUGGUUCUCUUUGUUUGUUUCAAUGAACACCCACCGAAAAAAGCUAAAUUGAGCAGUUGCUAUUACCAAGGAGAACCAGUUACCCACCCCAAACACAAAGGCAUCAUCUGAACCACCAAGAUGCCUGUAGCAACUUCAAGCUGCUGUACCACAGGGUUCCAGGCAAGCUCGCAUGGUGUUGCUCUCUUGCCAAGGUCUCCCACAAUAAAUAAGCACACAGACACAUA